CUUGACAGAUUCAUAGUAGAGAAAUCUCAGAGCCAAGCUAAGUUACUGAACAACCUUUUCCAGUCCUUUGUAUCUUCAUUAGUGAAGCAAAGUUCAAAAAAUGGCAGACUCUUUUUUUGUCAUUGCUAUAGAUUUUGGGACAGCGUAUAGCGGCUACUGCUACAGUGUGAAGGCAGACGCAAGUGACAUGAGAAAUCCUUUCUGGGGCAAGGAGUAUGGAUUGAGGUUUUCCAAAACUCCAACUUGUGUUCUUUUUAAUGAAAACAAAGAGUUUGAGAAAUUUGGUUUUGAUGCUGUGAUGGCUUACAAAAAUAUGUCUUCCAAAGAAGCUUUACGCCACUAUUUCUUUGAGAACUUCAAGAUGGAACUAUACAAUAAGGAACUCACGCCAGACUUAAUGAUCUCCACUAAGGAUGGGAAGUUACUGCCAGCUCUUACAGUGUUCUCAGAAAGCCUGCGCUAUCUUAAGAACCAUGCCUUGGAUGAGAUUGAGAAAAAUCUUUUCUGUAGGUUCACUGAGGAGGACAUAACUUGGGUUUUGACUGUGCCUGCUGUAUGGGGGCCUGAGGCAAAACAAUUCAUGAGACUGAUAGCCAAAAAGUCUGGGCUUGUUAAAGUGCUGAAUUCAGAAAGUCUGAUACUUGCUCUUGAACCAGAAGCAGCUUCCUUGUGGUGCAAACAGUUGCCCAGUUCUGGGUUUAUAGCAGAAAGAGGAGCUCAUGAAAUUCUUGAAACUCAGAAAGGAACAAAGUAUAUUGUUGUCGACUGUGGAGGUGGCACCAUUGACAUCACAGUGCAUGAGGUUCUGGAAAAUGGGUUCUUGAAGGAGCUUCAGAAAGCUUCAGGUAGAGGAUGGGGAGGUUCCUUUGUGGAUAAUAAUUUCAGAACAUUUCUGCGUGAAGUGUUUGGAGAAGAUGUGUGGGACGUAUUUGAGAAGAAUCAUCCUUUAUAUGCACAGAGUAUGAUGUACAAUUUUUCUAUUCAAAAAUGCACUGAGAAUCAUGCAUACAUUUUCUUUUCAUGUGUAUUAAGUUUAAUAAAAUUAGCAGAACAGAAGCAGGAAAUUUCACAUUUUUUUAAAGAUAUUGAUGGAGUCUCUUGGUGUGAUGGUAAUAUUAAAAUGGCCCAAAGUAAGUUUGAAAGCUUUUUUGAGGAUAAAAUAACUCACAUUAUCAAUGCAAUCAAGGACAUUAUGGAAGAGCAAAAGAAUCAGAUUGACACCAUUUUGCUCGUUGGAGGCUAUGCUUCUUGCAAAAUUUUGCGAGAUGCUGUCCGAAGUACAUUUAGGGAGCAGUGCAAAGUCCUCUGCCCUGUUGACUCCCAUUUGGCCAUUGCCAAGGGAGCUAUUCUUUUUGGAAACAAUCCUAAAAUAAUUAUGUCAAGAGUCAGUAGCUUAACAUAUGGGCUGAGAAUUUUGAUCCCAUUUGAUCCUUCUAUACAUGAUAAAGAAAAGAUAACAGUUGAUAAGGCAGGUGACACUAUCUUCUGUAAUGACAUUUUCAUGAAAUUAGUGGAAAAGGGCCAAUCGGUAAAUAUAAAUGAUGUGUGUGACUAUGUCUUAAAACCAUUAUACGAUGACCAACAAGAAAUGCAUUUUGCUUUUUUCAGUACAGAGCAAAAAGAUCCUAUGUAUACAGAUGAGCCAGGAAUGAAGCAAAUUGGAUCAUUUGUUGUACCAAUGCCAGUUACUAAAUUAGGCCGACAACGUAACGUUCGGUUGGAUAUUAAAUUUGGCACUGCAGAAAUAACAGCAACAGCAACUGAUCUGUCCUCUAAUGAGACUCAGAAUAUCAUAUUGGAAUUUCUUACUGAAUCAAAAGCAACAAAUUAAAACAUAUUGAUCCUUCAUUACGGUUACAAAAAUAAUUUUGGUCAUAUUAAUAUUAGAACUUUUAAAGUCUCCAUUUUAUCACAAAAGAAAAUUCAUGAUAAUUUGUAGAUAAUAUCCGGUUUAAUGCAAUGAAAGUAAAAUUAGGGUGUACAGUAGUUUAGUAGCAAAUGCUGUAACCUCUUGUGGCUGUUUCCCAGAUUUUGAAGACAUGCACAUUAGGGUUAGGGUUAUUCCUAGUCAUAGACCUGCCAUUUAUGAGGAAAUGUGAGUAUGUACUAGGCUGAACUGGUUCCCUGUCCACUGACUCAAACACAAUAUUGCCAAGAUUGGUUCUGGGACUUAUGACUACAAACUGUAUUUAAGCAGUUUUACGAAAAAAUAAUGGAUAAAGAAAUGAACUGAUAAAUAUACAAAUGAAUUGAAAAGUAAAUAAAUACAAAUGAAUAAAUACAUGUAUAUAUGAAACAGAUGUAGGUAGAAGAUAGUAGAACAAGUGUAUUCAUGAAGAAGUUCUAAGACCAGUAUGGUUCUUAACUGUUAAGGUAAUAAAAAUGCUAAUGGAGUUCUUUUGUUAUGUGAAAAAGUAGUUUACUAAAUCAAUGGUUUUCCCAAAAACCCAAAUAUCACUUACAAUAGGGUUCUCAAAACUAACUAAAAGAUAGCUUUAUAGAGAAUAAAAAUACAAGUUCCAUUUGAGGUGAAUGAAUCAUUGCUUGUUUUUUAUGCCCACUAUCGACCUACCAGCUCAUAUGGAGUUCAUAUUGCAUAAGAAAAAGCUCUCUGAAUUUAUAACAAGAUAAAAAUAUCACAUUGGUUCAUUAUUUUCAUUGUGUCUGCUUAGGAAUUCCCUCAGGGUGACACCACUCUUCCUCUCCCAGUAACAGUGGAAGUCAUAAUAAACUUGGAUUUUCAGAUUCUUUAGCAGUCUGAUAUGCUAUAAAGAACUCAGUCAGUCGAUUGGCAGAUCAGGUUGAAAACCAGAAAAGUGCCUCUUGAGCAACAGUAGGCUGUCUUUCAGCUUCACGACACAUGCCCUUCUGGUUAUACUUAUUAAAAAUACCAGGUCAGAAUGUUAGAUGGCCAAAGUCUCAAGUACAACAUGGAUCUAAGAAAUUUUGUCUGAUCUUCCUCUUAAAGUGCUGCUCUCUUUUCCUUAGCCGGUGAGUUUCUAGGGCAUCACAAAGGAGUUUCUUUGAUAUCUUCCAAAUGUAAACCAAUUAGAUAUUCAAGUUUAUGAUCUUUAUCUGUUGAGUCUUUGGAAAUUUAUUCUCAUUAACUGCAUAUUUUGUAUGUCAAAUUGGGUUGUGCUAGAUCUUUGUAACCCAAAUAUUUUUACUAAAGUGUUGAUAGAUUAAUUUAUUCACACUAGAAAUUGUUUGUGUAUAUUCAAAGUGCUGUUUGUGUUCUCAAUAUAUAUUUUUAAUAAACCUCAAUUAUCUAGAAAUUCA